AUGGCAGGAACACACGAGAAGGUCGACGUCCCGAUCCUCAAAGAUCUGACGAUCGAUAAUAUUACUGAUAACGUCCACUUGAUUAACGCGCAGACCUCGGACGCGCGGCUAAAAUAUGUGUUGGAGAGGCUGGUAUCGCACAUGCACGACUUUGCGCGGGAAACGCGUCUCAGCACCACGGAGUGGAUGGCAGGCAUUGAGUUCCUGACUUCAGUAGGCAAGAAAUGCACAGAUGUGCGGCAGGAAUUCAUCCUCCUCUCCGACACGCUCGGCCUCUCCCUCCUCGUCGACUCAAUAGACCACCCCAAGCCGCCCGCCUCCACCGAAGGCACCGUUCUCGGCCCAUACCACACGCACGACGCUCAAGAACAAUCGACCGGCUCAUCCAUCUCAGCCGAUCCCCAAGGCGAACCGUUACUCUGCCUUUGCAAUGUAAAGUCUACCGACGGCAAACCCAUACAAGACGUCAAAAUCGACAUCUGGGAAACGGACAGCAAAGGGGCGUACGACGUUCAGUACGAGAGCUAUAGCGGCGAUAGGCCAGAUGGAAGAGGCAUCAUGAGGAGUGAUGAUGAGGGUGUGUUCUGGUUCAAGGCGAUUGUGCCAGUACCCUAUCGCAUUCCGAACGAUGGGCCUGUGGGGGUCAUGCUCGGGAAGCUGGGAAGACAUCCUUGGCGGCCGAGUCAUAUGCAUUUCAUGUUCGAAAAGCAGGGUUACGAUCAUUUGAUCACAGCGUUAUACCUUCGAGGCGACCCAUACGAGACAUCCGACGCCGUCUUCGGUGUCAAAGAAUCGCUCAUCGUGGAUCUGGGCACCGUGAACGCGGAACAAGCGAAGAAAUACGGUGUCAAGGAGGGCACAAAGCUGUUGACGUACGACUUUGUGCUGGUCACGGACGAAGAGACGAAGAAAUUGAGGGAUGCGGAAGCCCUGAAAGCGAUGAAGAAGCUAGGCCGGGAAAACAUGAUGAUUAUCAACGGGCAGCUUGUGCCGGAUGUUGAUUGA